UUUCCUCUUAACCAAUCUCACGGCGCUCCCGCUUAGUGGGCAGUGCCGCCGUGACAAGGGGAACCGAGUGGCAGCCAUUGAUGCUCUUCCGAUUGACCGAUAAUAAACGCCAUUUAUUUCUGCCACUGGCGUCAUGGUGUCUCACUCUCUCGCCCUGCCGAUGAUUUGCUUCACCACCCUGUGGGCGCUGGUGGGGGUGGUGGCUCCCUUUUUGGUGCCCAAAGGACCUAAUCGAGGGGUGAUUGUCACCAGUUUGAUUCUCACUGCUGUCUGCUGCUACCUCUUUUGGUUAAUAGCCAUCCUGGCGCAGACCAACCCUCUGUUUGGCCCUCAGCUGAAGAACGAAACCAUUUGGUACCUGACUUACUUCUGGGAGUAGACCAGGUGGCCCUUGUCAUCACCAUCCUGGUUCUAACCUUGAUUUGAACAUAUGCACACACACACACACACACACACACACUACAUUUAAAAUGAAGACUACUGUACAGUUGACGUUUAUUUAAAUGUUUAUAGUUAUUGUUACUUGUGCAAUGUGUUAAUUCCACUGGAUUGUUUACAUUUUCUUUAAACGUGUAUUUAUUUUGUC